AUGGGAAACAAAUGCUGCAAAAACCAGUCGUCCACGUACAGUAGCGCCAACGCGACCAUCAGAUCGUUCUCGUCGUACAACUCUUCGAUCCUCCGAUCGGGCGGAAGUCAUGCAAUCACUUUUGGAACCUCUACUCGCGUUGGUGACUCCUUGACCACCCUCACCAUGAAGUCCAGUAAUAACUCUGAUGUUGGUAGUAAGGAUUACCGAGGUGGUUCAUCGAGUACUGUUGGCCAAGAAGAUCUGAUCCCAAUAUUUUUGAGACGCCUUAACGACCUUAACAUCAGAGUCGGGACCAGAACUAGGUUUUUGAUUGAGCUCGACGACGCUACGGGUGUUCAGGUCCGUUGGUACCACAACAACGUAGAGGCCGACAAUGAAAGAUACCAGUACAUUCACGAGGGAGGGUUUUUUUGUUUGGACAUUGUUCCUGUGACGUUGUUUGACGAAGGUCUAUGGGUGUGCACCGCACAGAACUACGCCGGGAAAUCGUCAACCGCUGCUCAUUUAUCGCUAACAGUUCCGAAAGCGUUUAAAAGACCAAUUUUCAUCGAGCAGCUGAAGGCAGUGCUGACGCAGCGUGGAAUCGUCUCCCUGGAGUGCAAGGUGAUCGGUGUCCCGACGCCCAAGUUACGAUGGUACAAAGACGACAAGGAGAUCAAAGCCGGCGACAUAUUCGCGCUGACGGCGAAUUCCGAAGAAGACUGCCUGGGCAUUUACACGUGCGAGGCGACAAAUGUCAUGGGCACCGCGCUGUCUACGUCAAAAAUACAAGUGACUCACACGCCACUCGACGGAAACCACGACGCAGACAGUCUCAUACCAUACGGGCCGCCGCCGAAGUUUGUGAAAUUUUUAAAAAACGCAUCUGGUAAAGUCGGCAGAGUACUGUUUUUAGAAUGCCAAGUCGAAGUACCACCAUGGCCCCGAAGUAUAGGAUGGUAUAACGACAAUGGCAUAGUAAACGAAGGGCCCUUGUACCACCUGUUGGCUGAUGGCUUGGGCAUGUAUGGCGUAGAAAUAAAAUCACUCAGAGCCGAUCAUAGCACCACUUGGAAAUGUGUCGCUACUAGUUCGACGGGAGCGAAGGCUGUUACUUCCUGUGUGGUUUCGGUGUCAUACCCAAAGAAUUACCGGGUACCAAGAUUUUUAGAAAGCUUAAGGGCAAUCAUGACCGAUGAAGGUUUAGUUAGCUUUGAAUGCAAGGUCAUCGGAUACCCCACGCCACAACUCUUGUGGUUUAAAGACGGCAAGCAACUUCAACCCGGAGACGUUUAUGAGUUGACCGGGAGUAAAUCUUUAGGUAGCUAUUGUUGUGUCGCCCGAAACUGCAUGGGCGAAACAAGUAGCCUUGCCGAACUUACGAUAGAAGACAUCCAAAAUCAAUUGAACGAAAGUGAAAAACUUCAAUUAACGUCAAACACACAGCCACCAAGGUUUUUAUUGGGACUUAAGAGUAUUGAGGCUAACAUUAAUGAAUCGUUUGUUUUUAUGAUAAAAGUCACAACUGAAUCUACACCUUCAAUCAGCUGGUAUAAAGAAGAUGAACAACUAACUGAAUCUAAUCGAUACCAGUUUUCUACUGAAGACAAUGGGACAUAUAUUCUAAACAUAGUACCACUCGAAAUUGAGGAUCAGGCUGAGUGGAAGUGUGUAGCAAUCAACAAGUAUGGUCAAACUGCAACGUCCAGUUUUUUGAAAUUAAAUAUUCCAAAAAAUUUCAAACGUCCGAGAUUCCUUGAGGAACUGAGAAUAGCGUUCUCAAACGAAGGUUCGGUCAACUUAGAGUGCAAAGUAAUUGGCGUCCCGCAACCACAACUGAAAUGGUUUAAAGACGGCCAAGAGCUGAAUCCCGGUGACAUGCACAAAAUAAUUUCGGGACAAAGUGGUACGUGCUGUUUGGGUACUUACACUUGCCAGGCACACAACUGUAUGGGAACGGUGUCCAGUUCAGCAACACUAUUGACAAUGGAAGAUAAGUCCACGGUCAAAUCUUGCUCAUCGGAAGAGUAUUUAUCCGUCGGGAAUCCGCUUGUACGCAAUGAAUCCUUGUCGACAAUUCCUGAAGAGCGAACAAGCCAAAUGGAAAAAUCGUACACCAUUGAAGAACCCGCUGAUAUAUCAUUUUCAUUUGACGGGAAAGAAGUGACCGUUUCGCUUUAUGAAACUCCAGACCUAACGCAUGACGAAGCAUUGCAAAUCAUUGAAAUGUACGCGGAUGAACUUUCUGAACAUAUAUCAGAAGACAAUGUUGUUGAUUUGCCUUCGUUGCGAAUUGUAAAAGAAUCGUCUAUUUCGGGCCCGGUUAUGAUGGAAGCUUUGGUUAUAGACGUACCUAUCGAUUUUUGUAGACAGCAAACAGUAUCAGACACUGAAUUCGAUGGCGUUUCACUGACCGAAGACAUUACUCUUGCAAUAAAUGAUAAAAGUGAAAGCAUAUGUGAAAAUAGUCUGGAAUAUUUUUCGGACCAUUUGUCGUCUGGAAAUUCAAAGCGUGAGAUGUUUUACAGUGCUAGUGAAACGACACCUAAACAUUCAUCAGUGAUUUCAAAACAGCAAUCGGGAGACGAUGGCCAUCAGUCUUUCCAGACACCAAAACUAUUUAUGUCAGACUCCGAUGAUCAGAUUUUAACGCAAUUGAAAUUAGACGAAAGACUUUUGUCUCAGAAUUCUAGACAUGUAUCCGGACCAUUGGCUCGGUCUGAGAGCAAUAACACUGAAGAAGAAGUUUCUGAAACAUUGGCUGAAAUAGAAAACGAACCACCAUUAGCACAUAAUUAUUGUGCAUCUGAAAUUGUUACUCAAUCGGACGAAGAUGGGUUAUACUCAACAGUAUUGAACAAAAUACGUGGUAAGGGAAUGGCGAGUAUGAUACUUAGUUCAGAAGAAGACGACGUUUUGAAAAUUAUUUCCAGACCAAACGUGGACGAAUUUUUAAAAUACAUGAAAAUUAUUUUGGAAGGUACAAUGGUAAAAAUGCGCACUCAUGAAAAUUUUAAUUUCACUAGUACAACGACUGAACUUGAACGUUCGAUCCAAGCACUACAUUCGCUUGCGUGGAAAUUCAUCGAAGAAACAGAGAGAAACGAUGUUUCAGAGUUGGAAAAAAAUACUGCCGAUAAUGUGUCAAGUUUAAUGACUGCAAUAAAUGCGAGUUUGUUAGCAUUAGAACAAAUCGAUGAUCCAUUUGGUGUUUCAGACAAUAUACUAAACGAAAUACAAUCAUCCGUAUGUUUUGAUUUAGAAACUCUUAACAAUAACAACCUUCCGGCCACUGAAAUUUUAGAUCGUUUGUCAGACCAAAUAAAAAACUUUACAAUUGUUGUCAAUAGACAGGUAGCCCGAGUGACAGAACAACGUAUUAUAGCUGUGUUACAAAACACAAUCGGCACUACUUUGGUAUAUAUCAAAACGCUACAACAAAAUUGUUCUAAAAUAAAAUGCGUGGACAUAAAUUCAUUGGCCCCUUUAUUUUCAAUGGUACAACCAUUAGAAACUAUUUUAAAUGACAUAGCUGUUAUGGAAGAGGCAUCAAUGGACGAUAACAAACCUAACUUUAAAUUAAAACAAAUAUUAAUACCCCCCAUUAGUUCUAUUGCGUUUGCUUUAGAUAAUUUAAAUACAGCAUUAAAAACCGAUAGUUCAGAUGACGAUCAGGAUUUAAAAGAUAUAUACGAUAGAAUUAAUGAAUCAACAAAUCAAUUUAUGACACUCGCUUCGCAUGGCAUGGAAAGUAAUAAAAUAGCUGAAUGUUUCAUAUCUUUCACGAAACCGAUUAACGAUUUAUGUUGUCAUCUGAGACGGUUAGGCAGAUCAACGGAAAAUAUUGUGUCUUCUGAUUACGGAUCUGACGAUAAACUAUUAUUAGAUUUUGAGACGCUUUUCGACGAAUUGAUGAUAGAUAUUGACACAUUAAUCAACAAUGUAAAUUUUGUUCAAGAUUCUGAAAACAAUAUGAAUCCUUUAGGAUCUUUAUUGGAACCAUUGCAAGACAUGAAAAUCGGGUUGUUCCAAGUUAAUCAAGUUUUGCUUUCAAACCAAACUGGUUCAACCAUGAGUUAUGAAGUUAUGAGUUGUUUUGAACAUUUAUCUCAGCAACUCGUUCAACUGAACAAUUGUAUUGUAAAUCAAUCAAUAGUAGAAGAGACAGACAAGGAAAUACCAUUUGAAUCAUCAAUAAAAAUGAUGCAAAACAUUCUAUUCGAUGAUGCAAUUGAUGAUUUAGGUGUAAACGGAAUACUUUUUGGUAGCGUUAUGAAACCUCUUUUGCAACUUCAAAAUCUUAUUGUUUCAAAAAUGGCUUCAGUAGAAAGUGACCUUAGUUUUUCAGAACAUACUGAUGUUACAGGUGGGGCUUGUGAUACACAAUCAUUGAGUUUAUCCUUGUCAAACAAUGCACAAACCGUCUUAGAUAAAACUGCCAAAGAGAACUUUAAACAAGUAAUAAUUGAAUCAUCAAUCAUUGAUAGUUUAGAUAAAGAUUGUGAUAAGCAAAAUAAUAUACAUAACGAUACUUCCGAAAUAGAAAAAGAUUCAAUACUUUUUGAAAAUAACAUGAAUAAUGAUUUAGUUAUAAAAAGAGGUUUUGAAUGCGAUAUUGGGGAAACAUUCAAAUACGAUGAACCAAAUAUCAUAACAUCUGAAGAUGAUCGAGACAAUUCUGGUUUUGAAGCACUGUUUGAUGAAACUGAUUUGGAAACGAUAAGUGAUUUUGUUGAAGAUGUAUGUUUGGAUAAUAUUAUGAAUUCUAAAGUUAAUCAUCAAUUAUCAGAUUUAUUAAUGAGUGAAAAAGAUAUUGAUACCAUGGACCAGAAAACCGAUGAUAUUAUACCAGAACAUGUAUUAGAAUCAUUAGAAAAAAGUAACCAACAGGACUUAAUUUUAAAAUCACCAGUCGAUUUAUUCGAGGAACUUCAAGAAACAUUAAAAAAUAUGUCUGAAGUAACACGAGAUGGAACAACAGAAAUAUACGACUUGGAUAAUAAUACAUCAAACAUCAAUGAUUUACAAAACAUUGAUUCGACCUAUACUAAUCAAAUUUGUGAUGAAAGUAAUAACUUAUUGGACGGUUUAAUAAAUGUAGAUCAAAACAUUGAAAACGAAACGUUUAAAAAUAAAUAUAUUAGUAUUAGUGAUGAAAAUGCUUUCAAAGAAGAGCAAGUGUUUGAAAUAGGACAGGAUGUAGAUUUUGUUGAGAAUUUAGAAUGUUUAGACUCUGAUAAAUCCAUAUCUAAUAACACGGUAAUUACAGUCAAUGAAAUGUCUGAUUCAAGCGAAGUUAAAAUGAAAAGAAUUGAUAUUAGCAACAAUUUAGAAACUGUUGUUGAUCUACUUGAAUCUAAAACUGAAAAUAUUUCCCAAACAGUAGAUAAUGUGCCUGAUAAAAAUGAACCUUUAAUUAUCUCUGUAGAUGUGCCGAAUAAAAAUGAAUGUUUAAUUACAUCUUUACCUAAUGUGGUGUCAAAAAUAAAUGACAAUGAUGCAGAUAUAAUUACUUCAUCCGAUUUAAAAAAUGAAACUUUGGAUUCAGUUCUAUUAAACAAAUUAAAUUCUAAUGAGUCUAUUAAAAAUAUAACAAUUCUUUCAAGUGAAGAUAUUAUGAUUGAUGCAAAUAAGUUUAAUGAAACCGAGAAAAUUAAUACUAUAAAUAAUUAUAAUGAUGCAGAAAAUGAAGAUAAUACAAUGUUGAUAAAAGAAGUUGAAAUACCAUCAUUCACAGAAAAAGUUUCACCCAAGUCAUCUCCACAAGAUGACGCUGUCGUAAAUAAAAUUGAUGCUAUUCAUGAUUUAGAAACAGAUGCAGUCAUUCAAGUAGCACAAACUAGAAAUGGAAAUGAAUACAACACGGAAAAAGAUGAAGAAAAUAUUUUAAUAGAUAAAUGCACUAAUGCAACAGAAUUAAAUAAAGAGUUAGGAACAUUAGUAGAAGAAAAAAAUGUUAUAACACCAGAAAUUAAUUUAGUGAUCGAAGAUUAUAAUUCUUCAAUUAUUGAAGAAAUAUCCAACAAAAUAAAACAAAGUGAUGAUAAUGAUUUAUUAAAUAAAAGUAUUUGCGCUGUUGAAGAAAGUGUAAUACCUGCAAACGAACCAAAGUCUUCUGUAGUUGAUGUUAAUUUAAUAACAGUCUCGGAAAAUAAUAUUAGCAAGGGCAUCAUUGAAGAACAAUAUUGUGGAGACGACAAUUUGAGUUUGUUAAAAAAUAAAAAUAAUACUUCUGAUACAUUUGAAAAUAACCAAGAUGUCAAUUUGGUUAAACAAUUACAAUAUGAUUUACAACCAAACGUAAAUCAAACUUUAUUAACUGAUAAUAAACAAAUUGUUCCUAAUUGUACUAAUUGUGAAAAUGUGGUGCACCCGAUAACAGAACUAAAUGUUCUUCAAAAUGAAGAAGAUGUUCUUAUAAAAAAUGAUAGAAAUGAAAGUGAAUUAAUUAAUGAAGAACCUUUAGAUAAUGUUCAACAAAAUUCUCUUUUUGUUCAAGAAAAUAACAUUUUACAACAAUCUAAUAAUAAAGUAAAAUAUGUCAACGAAUUAAAUGAGCAAUGUGAAACCUUAUCAGAUAUGAAAUUGAAUAAUGAAAUAGAAUGUAUUAGUUCAAAAAUAGAUUUACCAACAGAGAUAAUAGCAGUUAAAUCUAAAAAUGAUGUAAUUAACAAUUUUAAAAGUUCAGUUGAUUCGACUUUAAAUGAAAAAGAAACAGUCUCUGAUGAGAAAAUUAAUUCUGAAAACAAAACAACAGAAAUAAUAAUGAAUGAUAAAGAAAAGUCCAUCAAUACAAUAAAUAAAUCGUACGAAAAUUUAACACAAUCUGCAAUUUUCGAAAAUAAUGACACAACUCUAUCGGAAAAUACAUUAAUAAAUAGUGAAAUAAUUACAUUGGAGAGCACACAAUCUAUUAUUGAUUCAUGUAAAUUUGACGAAAAUCAAGUUAAAAUACAAUUUAAAGAAAAUGCAGAUUCAGAUGAUAAAGAGAACAUUAUAAAUAAUUUAGAACAUUUAGAAGCUAAAAACGAAAUUAUAUACUUACAAGAUGGGAUGAUCAAUAAGGAUGAAGAAACAUCACCUAGUGAAACUCAAUAUAUACAAAAUGAUGAAACUAAAUCGAUUAAUGAGUCGACAAAUAUCGUGGUUGAACAAAUCACUGCUUUGAUAGGUAAUAAAACGAUUUCUGUAUCCAACGCUCAACCAUUAGAUACAGUUGUUAUUGAUUUUAAAAAUAUCAAAGAACAAGUGGUUAUAGAAGAUGUAAUCGAUACCGUAGAGAACAAUAACCAGCAGAGAGAUGAUGUGGAAAAAAUGUCAAAAACCAACAUUGAAAAAUUAGAUAAUUUAAAAAUACUUGCUUCGGAAAUAAACUAUUUACAACUUGAUAAUGACCAAAUUGUAGAUUUAUAUGAUACCAAAACCGACUUAGCUAAACAUAAAUGUUCAAUUUUUGUCAAAGAAAACACAGAAGAUUGUAAUGAAAUUACUUGUCACCCAAAUACAUGUAUUGGAAUCUUAAAUGAAAAUGACGCUAAUCAACAUAAGAAAUUUACUGAAUGUGAAUCAAAGGUCUUAGGGAACUUUGAAACUUUAGAAACACUUUCAGACGAUGAAUCUCUGAAAACAAAUACUGUAAGCAACGAAGAGAAAUUAAAUAGAAAUGAAGAUAAUUUAAAAACAUACAAAACAGGCGAACAAAACAGAAUUGAAAAUAAUAUAGAUGAAGAGAAAAGUCUAAUUUUAAUCAAUGUAUCUAAAUCAUUGGAAAAUGAUAAAGUUCUGGUUAAUGACGUCAGCAAGGAAAGAGCAAACGUAAUAACAAAAGAUAGUUCUGAUAAUAAUCAUAGUUGUGAAAGUACUUUACCUGUAAGUGAAGUUCGAGAAAACAAAGAGGAAAAUACUAUAAACGAAAAUAAAGAAAAUGAACUCUCCAAUAUAACACCUGAAACUAUAAAUAUUUAUGAAGAUAAAUUGAUAAACAAAGUGAAAAUUAAUGAUGAGAUUAAUGUUGUUACUGCUCUUGAAAAUGAAGCCAGUCUUCAAAAUGAUUUUAUGUUUGAAAGUGAAAUCAGUGGUUUGUCUACUGAAGAACCAUUCAGUAUUCUAUCUAUAAUUCCAAAGUUACAUUGUGUAGAAAAAAUUGCAGCUAAUGAAACUGAAUACGUGAUGUUAGAAAAUAUAAAUAUCUUAAAACAAGAUGAACUGAAUGCUGCGGAAAAUAUCAACCAACAUGCAGAAGUGGAACACGAAUUAAACAUCGCUGCAAUUGGAAACAUAAUUAUAGAUUACGAUACUGUAAAAGAAAAUUCUUUAACUGCAGAUGAAGAAAAAAAAAGUAUAGAAAAAGCAACCAUGGCUCUAACUUUGGACGACCAUUCGUUUGAAAUCGUGUCGACCAAUGUCAAUAUUUUGGAUGGGCCUAUUAAAGAUAUGACGAUAAAAGAGGAACAGAUUGUGUAUUUAGACACUGAUGAAGCGUCUACAAUUUCAACAAGAUCGACGAACCUUUUAAGUGAAAACUAUAAUCCAGAAGACAUGGAGGUUAAUAUAUUAAAUGAUCAAAUUCAAAAUACAGAUAAUUUGUUCAAAGAAAAUGUAGAAACUGAAAUCACAUCGUUGAAUGAAACAACAGAAAUAUUGAACGACGAUACUCAUAAUCCAGAAAAUGUAGGUUUAAAUAAGAAGCAGAGCGAAUUAGUUGAUAAACUAAAACAAUCAAUACAAAAUCAAAAUCAAAUAUUUGAACCGUCAAUGAUGUCUGUAGAAGAAAAUGACACCAUAGAUAAAGACAAAGAAAAUUGUUUGAUUACAAAGAUCAAGACAACAAAUGAUGAAAAGACUAUUGACACAGAAGAUAUUGUGGAUAUAAAUCAGAAAUUGAGUAAUAAAUCAAAAGAAUCAACGACAAAUAUUAUUAGUGUAAGUGAAAAUAAAAUUGACACAAACAAAAUCAUUAAUGAAAUUACAGACAUAUCUAAUAAAGAGCUAACAUAUGACAAUAUUAACACUGGAAAAGUAGGAGUUCAAUUGAAUAACUUAAAUACAGAAAUUGCUUCAGACAAUGAUAAAAAUCAAGAAGUAAUAGUUGAAAACAGUACAAACAAUCAUCAAAUAAAAUCGACAGAAAAUAUUGCAGAAAAAGACAAAACAAAACAAGGAAGUAGGAAAAAGAAAUCAAACCCUCAGCCAGAUGACAAAAAAUCACCUUCACCCGAGACAACUAAAAGUAAUAUUAUUGUUAGUGAAAUCAACAUUGACGAAACCAAGGUUAUCGAUAAAAGUAUUGAAGAAAUUAAGAAAAAAUCGUCAGAUAACAACGUAGAUCUUAAUGAAAAAUUGUCAGAUAACAAUGAAGAUUCUGAAAGUGUUGCCGUUAAAUUGGAUAAAAUACUACCAGAAAUUGUUACAGACAAUAAUAAAGUUCUAGAAGAAAUAAUUGAAAAAGACGUUUCAAAUGUCGAUCAAAAUGAAAAUCAGAAAAGCAAUCAAAUUGGUACCAAAAAUCAAAUAAAAUCUACAGAAAAUGUUGUAGAAAAAGACAAGACAAAACGUGGAAGUAAGAAAAAGAAAUCAAGCCCUCAGCCAGACGAUAAAAAAUCACCUUCACCGGAUACCAUUAAAAAUAAUAUUAGUGUUGAUGAAUUAAACAUUGACAGAACAAAAGUUAUGGAUAAAAGUAAUGAAGAAAUUAAUGAAAAAUUGUCAGAUAACAAUAAAGAUUCUGAAAGUGUUGGCGUUAAAUUGGAUAAAAUACUACCAGAAAUUGUUCCAGACAAUAAUAAAGUUCCAGAAGAAAUAAUUGAAAAAGACGUUUCAAAUGUUGAUACAAAUCAAAAGGACAAUGAAAUUGUCACAGAAAAUGUUGCAGAGAAAGACAAGACAAGACGUGGAAGUAAAAAAAAGAAAUCAAGCCCUCAACCAGACGGUAAGAAAUCACCUUUACCGGAUACUGUUAAAAGUAAUAUUAGUGUUAAUGAAUUAAAUAUUGACACAACAAAAGUUAUGGAUAAAAGUAAUGAAGAAAUUAAUGAAAAAUUGUCAGAUAACAAUGAAGAUUUUGAAAGUGUUGGCGUUAAAUUGGACAAAAUCCUACCAGAAAUUGUUACAGACAAUAAUAAAGUUCUAGAAGAAAUAAUUGAAAAAGACGUUUCAAAUGUCGAUCAAAAUGAAAAUCAGAAAAGCAAUCAAAUUGGUACCGAAAAUAAAAUAAAAUCUACAGAAAAUGUUGUAGAAAAAGACAAGACAAAACGUGGAAGUAAGAAAAAGAAAUCAAGCCCUCAGCCAGACGAUAAAAAAUCACCUUCACCGGAUACCAUUAAAAGUAAUAUUAGUGUUGAUGAAUUAAACAUUGACACAACAAACGUUAUGGAUAAAAGUAAUGAAGAAAUUAAUGAAAAAUUUUCAGAUAACAAUAAAGAUUCUGAAAGUGUUGGCGUUAAAUUGGAUAAAAUACUACCAGAAAUUGUUCCAGACAAUAAUAAAGUUCCAGAAGAAAUAAUUGAAAAAGACGUUUCAAAUGUUGAUACAAAUCAAAAGGACAAUGAAAUUGUCACAGAAAAUGUUGCAGAGAAAGACAAGACAAAACGUGGAAGUAAAAAAAAGAAAUCAAGCCCUCAACCAGACGGUAAGAAAUCACUUUCACCGGAUAUCAUUAAAAGUAAUAUUAGUGUUGAUGAAUUAAACAUUGACACAACAAAAGUUAUGGAUAAAAGUAAUGAAGAAAUUAAUGAAAAAUUGUCAGAUAACAAUGAAGAUUCUGAAAGUGUUGUCGUUAAAUUGGAUAAAAUACUACCAGAAAUUGUUCCAGACAAUAAUAAAGUUCCAGAAGAAAUAAUUGAAAAAGACGUUUCAAAUGUUGAUAAAAAUCAAAAGGACAAUGAAAUUGUCACAGAAAAUGUUGUAGAGAAAGACAAGACAAAACGUGGAAGUAAAAAAAAGAAAUCAAGCCCUCAGCCAGACGAUAAGAAAUCACCUUUACCGGAUACUAUUAAAAGUAAUAUUAGUGUUAAUGAAUUAAACAUUGACACAACAAAAGUUAUGGAUAAAAAUAAUGAAGAAAUUAAUGAAAAAUUGUCAGAUAACAAUGAAGAUUCUGAAAGUGUUGGCGUUAAAUUGGAUAAAAUACAACCAGAAAUUGUUCCGGACAAUAAUAAAGUUCCAGAAGAUACAAUUGAAAAAGAUUUUUCAAAUGUCGAUCAAAAUGAAAAUCAGAAAAGCAAUCAAAUUGGUACCGAAAAUAAAAUAAAAUCUACAGAAAAUGUAGUAGAAAAAGACAAGACAAAACGUGGAAGUAAGAAAAAGAAAUCAAGCCCUCAGCCAGACGAUAAAAAAUCACCAUCACCGGAUACUGUUAAAAGUAAUAUUAGUGUUAAUGAAUUAAAUAUUGACACAACAAAAGUUAUCGAUAAAGCUAAUGAAAAAUUGUCAGAUAACAAUGAAGAUUCUGAAAGUGUUGGCGUUAAAUUGGACAAAAUCCUACCAGAAAUUGUUACAGACAAUAAUAAAGUUCUAGAAGAAAUAAUUGAAAAAGACGUUUCAAAUGUCGAUCAAAAUGAAAAUCAGAAAAGCAAUCAAAUUGGUACCGAAAAUCAAAUAAAAUCUACAGAAAAUGUUGUAGAAAAAGACAAGUCAAAACGUGGAAGUAAAAAAAAGAAAUCAAGCCCUCAGCCAGACAAUAAAAAAUCACCUUCACCGGAUACCAUUAAAAGUAAUAUUAGUGUUGAUGAAUUAAACAUUGACACAACAAAAGUUAUGGAUAAAAGUAAUGAAGAAAUUAAAGAAAAAUUGUCAGAUAACAAUAAAGAUUCUGAAAGUGUUGGCGUUAAAUUGGAUAAAAUCCUCCCAGAAAUUGUUCCAGACAAUAAUAAAGUUCUAGAAGAAAUAAUUGAAAAAGACGUUUCAAAUGUUGAUACAAAUCAAAAGGACUAUGAAAUUGUCACAGAAAAUGUUGCAGAGAAAGACAAGACAAAACGUGGAAGUAAAAAAAAGAAAUCAAGCCCUCAACCAGACGGUAAGAAAUCACCUUUACCGGAUACUGUUAAAAGUAAUAUUAGUGUUAAUGAAUUAAAUAUUGACACAACAAAAGUUAUGGAUAAAAGUAAUGAAGAAAUUAAUGAAAAAUUGUCAGAUAACAAUGAAGAUUCUGAAAGUGUUGGCGUUAAAUUGGACAAAAUCCUACCAGAAAUUGUUACAGACAAUAAUAAAGUUCUAGAAGAAAUAAUUGAAAAAGACGUUUCAAAUGUCGAUCAAAAUGAAAAUCAGAAAAGCAAUCAAAUUGGUACCGAAAAUAAAAUAAAAUCUACAGAAAAUAUUGUAGAAAAAGAUAAGACAAAACGUUUAAGUAAGAAAAAGAAAUCAAGCCCCCAGCCAGACGAUAAAAAAUCAUCAUCAUCUGACACCACAAAUAGUAUUAUUAGUGCCGGUGAAAAUAAAAUUGACACAAAUAUUAUCGAUGUAACUUUCGAAGACAACAAAAGAAAAAUAUCAGAUAAUAAUAAAAACUAUGCAGAAGACGGAACUAAGAUAGGACCGGAAAGGGCUUCUAUUAAUAAUACAAGUAUGAUGGAAAUAAUUGAAAAAGACUUUUCGAAUAAUACUCAAUCUAAAAAUCAAAAUAUUGAAAAAAUCGGUACUGCCGAUAAAAUAAAAUCAACAGAAGAAGAUAAGACAGAACAAGAACGUGAGGAAGAUAAAUCAAUCCCACAACCAGAGUGUAAAAUAUCAACUUCACCCGAUAAAAUAAAUAAAAAACCCAAUGAAAAACUUGAUAUUAAUAAUGAAAUUGAAAAAAAUGGAAACACAAUUUUAGAUUUAAGAGAAAAGUUACCUAACAGUAACUUAGCAUUGGAAAUGAUGGAAAAAGGGCGCUCAAUAAGAUCUUUAGAGAAUAAUAAUAUCGACACUAUGGGAAAGAGCAAAAAGAAUAUAAUUGAUACACAUUUAUUAAGCAAUACAGACAAAAGUGUGACGGAUAAUAAUAAAAAAGAACGAGAAAGUGUAAAACAAGGAAUGAGUACUAAAUCACCAUUACUGGAAAAAUCUGUACGAACAUUGAGUGGGAUGACUGAAUAUGACGUUGUCGACGUACCGGAAAUCCGGAGCUCUGAUAAACGUCCAGUUAAUCGUUAUCUACUGGACGUGACUGAAGCACACAAGUCACGCCCAAAUAGCCUGGCGUACAGAUCCCUGACACCGGACCCACUGACUUCGUACAGAUCCUUGACGCCUGACCAUAUGAGCUCAUACAGAUCUCUGACGCCGGAGUGUCCGUCCUACAGAUCAAGCCUAACACCGAGGUCUAAGUACACGACAUCGACAAGAUAUGGGGGUUCGUCAGACAGAGAUCUAUACGGUGGCAGCAGCAGUAGCCCCAGCAGCAGAAGCAGCAGUCGAUCUACGAGUCCUUAUCCACCAGACUCGAGGAUUUCGGCCCGAAGUCUUUGGCCGCCUUCCAACUUGGUGGCGUACCGGUGCCUUUCGGAGACAUCAAUUCCUCUCAGUCCAAGGCGUAUGGAAGUAGAGGCGACUUCCGGUUGGCCGCACACGAGCUAUGGUGUGACCACUCGGAGACGCAGAGGCUCUGACAGUUUCCUGCACGAUUCAGGAGUACGGGACGGAGGUUACUAUUCGAGUUGGAGAUUGUCUGACGGCCGAGCAGCAACACACCGAAGCAGUGCUACCGAAGACCUUUACCGGACAAAAGAAGCGUUCAAAGGUCUGUACUUCUGCGUUCGGAUGAUAGAUCAAACUGUGUCAUCCGGCGCUAGGGUUAAGUUCUGGUGCAGUGUCAUCGGCCAUCCAGAACCACGUGUUCAGUGGUAUCGUGAUGGUCAGAAACUCAACAGUUUCACGUACAAUUCUUCCGCGAGGUAUCAGACAAAAUACGACGGGGGUUUGGCGCAACUGAUCGUCGACAACGCCCAGAGUGGCGAUUCCGGCGAGUACACGUGCGUGGCCACUAACGGCCGUGACCGAAUAUCCACCACCGGAUUCCUGACGGUGUACACAUCACCGUCGGUUUUCAGGAAACCUCUGCUACAACCAUCGCUGUCUGUCGACGGUAUCGAGUCCAGCCGCGGGCUUUACUCUCGGACCAGCCACGAUUUCCGGUUAUCUGCAAAUGACAAGUUCGAUUUCGGUUGCCAGAAGUUUGGCGGAGACUUGGCCACCAGGCGCCCUGAGUAUCCAAAGUUCGUGUCCAGCAUAAUCGCUGACGACGUGGCUACUUAUGGUGGUACGAUCGCCCUCCAGGUCCGGGUGCAAGGUUCCCCGGUGCCUAAUGUUACGUGGAUGCGCGAAUCUAAACCAUUACCGCGGUUAUCGGGCAAGUACAUUUACCUGGAUGAGGGUGGGCUGUACACGCUGCUGGUGAUGGACAGCACGGCCAGUGAUGGCGGAAAGUACGUGUGCCGCGCGUGCAACCUUUACGGGGUGGCGGACACGGAAAAGGCAGUUAGGGUGGUGUCACCGCAGGACUACACAGACCGCAGGGGCGUGAAACCUGCCAUUAUCGUGUCAAGACCUAACGACCGGCUGAAUGUGGCCGUCGGCGAGGACAUUACCGUCACACUCCGGGUGGCUGGUGAACCGAAACCCAAAGUCAUAUGGAUGAGAGGUUCGAGGGACGUGACAUUCCUCGACCGAUCGCUAAAGGAGACGGUCAACGACUACGUGAUGCUGUCGAUCAAAAAGGCUCAACCGUCGGACGCCGGGACGUAUUUUAUUAUCGCUAAAAACGUGUACGGAUCUGAUAGGGCGUUUGUCACCGUCGGGAUGAGGAAACGUGCGAGAUCGUUGACACCGCCGCAAAUCAGAAAUACGAUCGGCCGGUGGUUUGGGCCGACGGUCGGCGGCGGUAGAGGAGGAGGACGAGGGGGCUGCGCAAACAACGAGGUUCCGGGCCCCGUGCGCAGCGAACCUACGGUGACCGACCGGACCAACAACCGGAUAUCGUUGCAGUGGGACAGACCGGAAAAACCGGAAACUGUGCUCGUCUACAGGGUGGAGACGCGAUCGGCGGAUGAGGAAUGCUGGCGACAGGUCGGUAUGACUCCCACAAACGCCAUAGACGUGUACAACCUGAAACCGGGUUACCGGUACCAGUUCCGCGUAGCAGCCCGCAACAGGUUUGGAUGGAGCCAGCCAGUAGCCAGCGAGGGGUAUGUGGACGUUUUCGAGCCGAAGUGUCUACCGGAAUUCCGUCAACCAUUGCCUGGACAAACCCGGGUUUUACUGCGGCACAGUGCAACUUUACAGUGUCACGUGCGAGGUGUUCCGGAGCCGCGGGUGAGGUGGUUCAAAGACGGCGAACCUUUGCUGGCGUCGGACAGACACGCGGUCGGGCUCACCGAUGGAGGAAAGUGUACUCUGACGAUCGCUGACGCGGUGGACUGUGACGCUGGUCGGUACUCUUGUGAAGCCAUCAACGACCAGGGGAGGGUGUGCACGUUGACCGUCGUCCAAGUGAUAACCAACCGCAAGAUUGUGGAGGCGGAACGGAGGCUUCAAGGGUGUCUGAUGAAAAACAAUGACUUCAAAGAAUCUGCGCCGGUAUUCACCAAACAUCUGAUCGACCGCAGAGUGGAUAUCAAUUCUACGGUCCGGUUGUCGUGUCAAGUUAACGGAUUGCCCAUGCCGUUGGUUCUAUGGUACAAGGAUGGUCGGCCAGUAGACUUUGCGAGUGCAACGGAGGGUGACAGGAAACCACCGGUCAGGGACGAUUCGGACGACUUCUAUACCCUGGAGCUGACCAGAGUCAAGUACGACGACAGCGGUACUUAUGCAGCGGUGGCGUCCAACGCGAUCGGAAAGGCAUCCACUCGGUGUGUGUUGGAAGUGUUCAACAAGAACCGCACCGAUCCAGCUGUACCGUCGUUCGUUUUCGGUCUACCGCCGACCAGCGAAGCUGUGGACUCGAUCGUUUUGAGCGCACAAAUCGACGCGUACCGUCCCGUCAAAGUCGAAUGGUUCAGAGACGGAAUUCAAUUAAGAAACGGACGGAGAGUAGACAUAAUUACUGAUCACGACGGAAACCUAGAACUGAGGAUAGCGUGUGUAACAAACCGUGAUUCAGGCACUUAUAUGUUGAGAGUGUCUAAUGACACUGGCACUGUAGAAAGUCGUUGCGAAGUCAAUGUGGUGGAACGCGAACAUAAAGACACAGGGAUGGAGCAGAUCUCUUUGAUUAAUCAUUUAUAUUCAAAAAAACCAAAGUUCGUCGUAAAACCAAAAUUUCAAGAAGUAGAAGAAGGCCAAGAAGUGAUAAUCGAUUCAGAGAUCGUGGGUGACCCAUUGCCGAAGAUCACGUGGCUCAGGGACGGUUUAAAGCCGGAAUAUUAUCGUGACAAUUCAGAGUUUUUGUGCGUAUCUAACGGAAAUCGUUAUCAGCUGAAAAUUCCUCACGCCAAACUGACACAUACGGGGACGUACACGCUAUUGGCCGCCAAUCCGCAUGGACAGAUCAAAGCGCUAAUAUCUCUCCAAGUCUACUCGACAGGACACUGCAAGAAAAAAAUGGAAAAUGGGACCAACUACGCAACGGUGGAAAGGUUACCGAGAAUAAGUCGAGGGCUGGUCGACAUCGAGUGCCGGGAGAACGACAGCGUUUCGUUUGAGUGCAAGUUGAACAUCACUCAAGAGACGGACAUUAGAUGGCAAAAAGACGGCAAAUUGGUGAGAUUGGGCAAACACAUUAAGUCUCAGCUGGUCGACGGCGAUACUGCUCGUCUCGACAUAUCCACUGCGAGUCCGCUGCACGAAGGACUAUACACGUGCACAGCUUUCAACGAACUGGGCCAAGACUCGACGUCGGCGCGACUGAUACUGUUGUCGGAUUCGCAAGAGACCGCCAAGGCACCCCAGUCGAACGGACAGCGAAAUACCAUGCUCAAUUCACCAAUACUAGCAGGUGAAACGAACGACAGAUGUACCAAACGGUUGAAGCGAAGUAGCGCGCCCAAAUUUUACGCCGUACUUCACGACCGGAUCGCCGACGUUGGCGAAACUGUUCGGUUCCUGUGCAGCGUUUCCGGUCACCCACCGCCGUGGUCGUCGUGGGAGAAGGACGGCCAGCCAAUCGGCGUCAAUAGCAGGAUGAGGAUCCGGGAGGACGACGAUCACCGGUCGUUGGAGAUAUGCGACGUCACCUCAGACGAUGCAGGUCUCUACCGAAUCACCGUCGAGAACAAAUUCGGAAAAAUCCAAGCCACGGCCCGGCUCGAAGUGUUGACACACAAUCAAACCACAAACGACGUUCAAAUCACAUCAUCAUCUAACGGCAGGAGACAGUCCGGGUCGGCCGCUUGUGCGGGUGAAAAUUUUACUCUCAGCUGUGACAUAAGGGGGAACUCCAUGUCUGACGUUACCUGGUAUAAGGACGACGAGAAAAUCAAGCCCAACGGCAGGGUGACUUCGUCCCUGGACGAUCUGGCGGCCAGACUUUCGAUAUCGAACUUGGAGUCGGCGGACACGGGUGUGUACACGUGCGUGGCCAGGUGCGAGUCCGGCGUCACCAGGUGCUCGACGGAAUUGUGCGUGUUCGACACGAAACCGGCCACCGACUCGUAUCUACAACCUCCGAUAUUCGUCGAGGGUCUUGUUCCUAAACGCACCGCCGACGAAGGCGAACCGGUCCAGUUGACCGUAAGACUCCAAGGUGCAGUUCCUAUGAGUGCCUCGUGGUUUAAAAACGACGUACCCGUUCCCGACUGCGCGGACUUUGAGUACGUGGUGGCCGACGACCGUGGCGAAUUCGGCCUGUCGAUUACCGACCCUUUUGUCAAGGACAGCGGCACUUAUAGUUGCAAAGUGGCCAACUCGUUUGGACAGGCCGUGUCGAGCGGACAACUCGUUAUAAACGAAAUGUCCAGCGAACAUCAGGUGCCAAUGGUCGCCGAACUGAACAACAAUCUGCAGGACGUUGGAGAAAAGACCGCGACGGUCAUCACCGGAACCGCACUUCCGGCAUCCAUACUCAGGGGGCCAUGUGACACAACCGUCCUGCGUGGCGCCAAAGUCGUCUUGGAGACAUCGUACCAGGGCGAUCCAGAACCCUGCGUCCAGUGGCUCAGAGCGGGCAAAGUGUUGGAGUCCAACGCGCAUCUGUGCAUAACCAACGGGCGCGGCGUGUCCAGUCUGAUGAUCGACUCGAUCACGGCCGACGAUUGUGGCAAGUACGUCGUUCGCGUCGACAACGGACACGGCAACGAUUUCCACUACGCCUCUGUCGCCGUCGAAGGACCUCCGGACCCACCGGCAGGCAGACCUGUUGUCUCCGUGUUAGAGACUAGUGCGGACGUAACGUGGUCCAGUCCGGCGUACGACGGCGGUUGCAUGGUCACUGGUUACGGCGUGGAAGUCCGACCGUUCAACCAGUCCGAUUGGAAACUAGUGGCCGACAAGUGUCACUCGUUAUCUCACAUUGUCCGUGGUCUGGCACCCGGCGAGUCUUACGUGUUCAGAGUUCGAGCGGAAAACAUGCACGGAUCGAGCGAGGCGAGCUUAGAAUCCACACCGGUGUACAUACUGCAAACUGAUUAUGGAAACACGCUUUGGCCAAAAACAGUAAACAUAGAAAACGGUGAACUAUUCGACGGGCAAUACGAAGUACUGGAUGAACUUGGAAAAGGCAGAUAUGGGGUCGUGUAUAAAGUUAAAGAACGUGAGACCAACAAAUAUUACGCUGCCAAGUUCGUCAGGUGCAUCAAGUCAUCGGACAAGGAAAAAGCCCAAGAAGAGGUGGACAUAAUGAACUGUCUGCGACACCCAAAACUCUUACAGCUCGACGCGGCUUUCGACAAGCCCAGGGAAGUGGUCUUGGUCACCGAAUACAUUUCCGGUGGUGAACUGUUCGAAAGAGUAGUGGCCGACGACUUCACGCUCACAGAAAAAGAUUGCAUUCUGUUCACCAGACAGAUAUGCGAAGGUGUGGACUACAUGCACAAGCAGAACGUCGUGCACUUGGAUUUAAAGCCGGAAAACAUCAUGUGCCAGUCUCGGACCUCGCACUACGUCAAGCUCAUAGACUUCGGGUUGGCGCAGAAAAUCAUACCGGGACAGCCGAUGCGAGUGCUGUUCGGCACGCCCGAGUUCAUCCCUCCCGAGAUCAUCGGCUACGAGCCCAUCGGCCUCGAAUCGGACAUGUGGUCCGUGGGAGUGAUCUGCUACGUGCUACUGUCCGGUCUGUCGCCGUUCAUGGGCGACAACGACCCCGAAACGUUCACCAACAUAACGAAAGCCGAAUUCGAUUUCGACGACGAGGCGUUCGACGCCGUCUCUCAGGACGCCAAGGACUUCAUAAGCGCGCUGUUGAUCAAACGCAAAGAGUUAAGACUUACUGCCAGGGAAUGUCUGAAACACAAAUGGCUGGCUCAACAGGACAUGGACAUGAGUUGCGUGAUCCUGAGCACGGAUAAACUUAAAAAAUUCAUCAUCCGACGAAAAUGGCAGAAAACGGGCAACGCAAUCCGUGCUCUGGGCAGGAUGGCCACUCUGUCAGCGGCUAGCAGACGAGGUGUCAGCGGGGGUAGCAGUGCUGGAGGAGGAGGUGGUGGAGGAAUGGGAGGUGGAUGCGGAACCGGAAGCGUUUUACAAAAGCUAAAAAUGGCCUGCCUGAGAGAAGAAGAGUCGGCCGGCGAGGCACCUUCGGAAGCUCUACAAGAAAUUGCGAUAACUGAAACAACCAAAAAUGGCAGUGGCCAUAGGUCUUGUGACGCUCGCAGCGACAGUGGAUUUAGUGAUUGUCCAUCUUUAGCUUCACCUACUGCGACGCUCGUCCGGCCGGCAAAAUGCUCAUCUGCCAUAUCCGAAGAAACGCCACCGGUUUCCGACCAGGAUCGUUCUCCUCCACCACCCUCUCAUCGUUCUCCUUCUCCUACCACUCAUCGUUCUCCUUCUCCCGUUACUCGUCGUUCUCCAUCUCCACCACUCACCGGUCGUCCUUCUUCUCCAGCCAUUCGUCGUCCUCCUUCUCUUGAUACUCGUCGACCUACUUCUCCCGCCACUCGUCGUCCUCCUUCUCCUGCUACUCGUCGUCCUCCUUCUCCUGCUACUCGUCGUCCUACUUCUCCCGCCACUCAACGUCCUUUUUCACCCUCAACUCGGCGACCCUUGUCUCCUACAACACGUGGUUCAUCUUAUACAACAACUCGUGGACCUUCUCCUCUGGCAACUCAUCUCCGUUCUCCUCUUCCGCGAAACCGUCGUGACGCCAUUCAUCCCGUUCAUGACGUACAAAUGCCCUCAGGUACCGGAGUCAGUGGCAUGUGCAAGACAAACCGGAUAAUCUUUGAUAAUGGACGGCGUGACGGCCAAGCAUCAUCGCCUGGUAUUGGCGGCGGCGGCGGCGUUCAGCGUAAGGAACCCAUUCGUAUACAGACGGCUGACAAUUUCCAGAAGGCUGUCGCCUUUUGGAAACAAUAA